GCCCCGGGCGCGGAGCGGUGCGGACCGAGCUGCGCGGGCGGGCGCGGAGCGGGGCGGAGGCGGAGCGCUGCGAUGUGCAGGAUGUCGUUCAAGAAAGAAACACCACUUGCCAAUGCUGCAUUUUGGGCUGCAAGGAAAGGAAACCUGGCUCUCCUCCAGCUGCUUCUGAACAGUGGGCGAGUAGAUGUGGACUGCAAAGACAGCCUUGGCACAACAGCUCUGAUGGUAGCAUCUUACUAUGGCCACAUAGAUUGUGUACGGGAAUUGGUGUUGCAAGGAGCAGAUAUCAAUCUGCAGAGAGAGUCAGGUGCAACUUCUCUGUUCUUUGCUGCACAGCAAGGCCACAAUGAUGUAGUGAAGUUUCUCUUUUCAUUUGGAGCCUCCACUGAAUUUAAGAAUAAAGACGGAGGCACAGCUCUCCUGGCUGCCUGUCAGUACGGGCACGCAAAAGUAGUGGAAACUCUGCUGAAGCACGGCGCCAACAUUCACGACCAGCUCUAUGAUGGGGCUUCUGCAAUUUUCCUGGCAGCACAAGGAGGCUAUCUGGAUGUCAUCCGAUUGCUGCUUUCUUCAGGAGCAAAGGUUAACCAGCCACGACAGGACGGGACAGCUCCCUUGUGGAUUGCCUCGCAGAUGGGUCACAGUGAAGUGGUGCGAGUGAUGCUGCUCCGGGGAGCAGAGCGAGACGCUGCGCGGGAUGAUGGUACAACGGCUUUACUGAAGGCUGCCAUUAAAGGGUACAACAAUGUGAUAGAAGAGUUGCUGAAAUUCUCUCCCACACUUGGCCUGCUGAAGAAUGGGACCUCUGCUCUCCAUGCAGCCGUCCUGAGUGGCAACGUGAGGACAGUGGCGCUGCUCCUGGAGGCAGGAGCGGAUCCCUGCCUGAGGAACAAGGCAAAUGAACUGCCAGCAGAACUAACAAAAAACGAACGCAUCCUCCGACUCCUCCGUGCAAAGGAAAAGCAAAGGAAAAGCUAAUGCAGCCCUGUAGCAGAUGCAGUUUGACAGAGAUGUGCCCUGACCACAAGUAGCAUGACAGUAAUCCUAGGUUGGAACAGUUUGCAGAACUGAUUAGCCUGUCCAGUACACGCUCCCUGAACGCACCACGCCCUUGCCACAGGGUCACCACAGGCUGGGGCCUUGGCCCGGCAUUGCUGACCACGGCACCAUGACGAGAGCAGGGAGUGGCCCAGGAGCUGCGUUUGCACAGCAGCCCUGCCUGUCCCCCAGGAUCCCAGCGAUCCCAGCAGCAACGUUUGCUCCCCACACAUCCCCGCACAGGCAAGCACUCCUGCUGCUUCAGACAUGCAGCCCCACGCUGUCAUGGCCACACACCUGCAACAGUGUGGGUCGGGAGCACUGCGCCCUUGUGCCAAAAGGAUACCCAGACCUUGCAGCUGUUUGCAUUCAGCUGGUCAUGGAAUGGCCCCAUGACGCCCCUGCCCUCCCUUUGCUGACAGUGACCAUUCCUCUCUACCUCCAAGUGCCACGUGAGACUAGAGGUGAGAUCCCACCUGAGCCAUCACAACAGCAAAAGUUCUCCUGCCAGCCCAGGGCUGAGGUAACAUUUUUGCUACCACCUGAAGCUCCGUAAAAAUGAUCCAAACAAAAAGCAAGGGGAUGUUCUUUCAGUUGCAGCAUCUUGAUCUGCCAAUCUGUCCAGCAACAGAAACACAGUGGAGCAGUUGAUUUUGCAAUGCCCAUGCAGUGUAUGAGGAUCCUUAGUUAGAUCUUAUGUGUUGGGACCUCAUGUGCAUUUUUGUUGGUAGAGGAGGACUGGUUGCUGAGCAAACCAGACAGGGUUUCCACAGGUGCAAGUACAUCAGAAAUUCAGCUAUCAGGCACAACAAACAGCACAGAUGCUACACAAAUGGUAUUUGUAUGUUCUGUGACACUACAGUUUAGUACCCACAGCUACUAUGCAAAGGACUCGUUCCCCAGGUGUGUGGCAGGAGCUAAUGGAGAAGUGCACAGAGUACAGGUGUUUCAACAGUUGGUGAGAGAAUUACACAUAGCCAUACCUAAACAGGCCCACUAAUUAAUGCAGACAUGGAAAAUGAAGUCUGAACAGCAGUUUUGGCCUCUGUUGUGGUUGAGACACUUAGACAUGCUACUAGUGCCUGUAUGGGGAAGGCAGUGCAAAUUGCAGGUGGUUUGUGAAGAGCUGUGUUUUAACCAUGUUGCUCUAAGACACCCCAUUAAAACCCAGUCAUUUCUGCAGUAUAAACAGUAUAUACCAUGUCCUGUUAGCCACAAAAACAUUAGAGAUUAAUUUACAGUGAGCUGAGAUAAAAAGUUAGUUCAGUAUAUAAAUCCAGGCAUUUCACCUGCUUUCAAACCUUGGCAAAUUACUGAAAAAUUGCUUUAAAAGUUGAAGACAAGGAAGAUUGUAAGGACACAAAAUAAAUCUUGCUUAAGAAGUGUCUGCCUAGGAUUCAGCUGAACUGCUGCACUUUUGCUUUGGUGAGUUAAAAGGAAAUCUUUAGGUGAGCUAGCACAAAUGAAUGUAGUUUACGUAUUGCAAAUUAGCCAUAUGUAUUAUCAAAUGAUAAAAGUUAUUCUUUUUGUGAGUAAGUUAGGUAAGAAGUCAGUGUUCUGGUUAAGAGAACAGAACUGGGUGUACCUUUUCUUGCAUGCUGGAAUUGCUAUUCAAUUUCUAUUCCACAUUAAACAGGAAAACUUUACAUUUUCCAACCACGUAACAAGAAAAAAUUAUUUGUUUAGGUAAUUUAUGCUGCUGUAUUUUUGAAUUAAAAUAAUGUUGUGCCUAACACAAACUUGCAGAUGAACUGGUACAAAACCAAAGAAUUAUGCAAGAUACUUAGAGGAUGACUGUAUCCAGGGUUAAGAUCUGCAAAAGACUAAAAAAUACUGAGCAUGCAGAAAUCUCAAGAGCCUUACUGGGAUCUUAAAUUGCACGGCAUUACAAGGGACUGCACCCUAACUUCUUUGACAAACAACACUAGAGAAGACAGGUUUAUUUGGAGCCUCCAGUGGGCUGAAGAUCAACAUACUAUUUUGGAGAACAGCAGAGGGACUCUGGGCAGCCUGGCCUCAGCAUUUAACUUUCACCCUACAUUUUCUACAUAUCAACAACUGACAACAACCACACUCUCAAGGUGAAAAGCCCUUCCAUAUUUGUAAAGGAGGUGAAUAAUCAUUAGAAGGUCUUCAGUAGCUAUGCAAUAAGUACUCUUAAUAUCAGACAGGCUGUAGUAAUCACACAGUCCUCCUAAAAAUUGCGAAAGCAUCCACUGUUGGUGAGGGUCUCCUAUUUUUUCCUGGUAGCAGAGUGUAGGAGAGAGGACAAGGCAAUCCAACAAUGAUUCUGCAACAGCUGAAGUAAGAAGCUGAGACAACAAAUGCAGGUGUCUGUAUCUACAGGUGGCCCUUCCUUUCUCCCAGGUGUAUUUCUUGGGAGUUGUCUCAUCCCAGAGGGAGCAGUUACUCAGCAAAGAGCUUCUUCAACUAUGCCUGUCCAUGGGAAGAUGUCUUCUCCCCACUACUUAGACUAGGACUUUCAAGUCCUUUGUCCAGCUGUCUCUAUGAAUGGUCACUGCAGCUGGGGAUCUUGUGAAACAUGUGAAGAACACCUGGGUCCCUGUGUCCCAUACAGAGCAUCUGCUGACCUUCUGAGAGGAUGCAGUUACCAGGUCAGGGCUUUUUUUUUUUUUGAGUGAUCAUAUGCUAUAAUGGGCUUUUCUUAUUUCUAAACAGCCUUUGAAAUGUGGGGCUAGCACAGGUUAAAGGAAGAGAUUUGUUUUUCUCUUCUUGCUCUUGUUAGUGCUGGCUGAUACAACACACAGGCUGUCUGGGGGCUCCGUGGUGGAGAACUGGCAGUGAAGUCUUUCUCUGCCCCAUUCAGGCUGAAGUUGAAUCUAGCUUCAGCAAAGACACUAUUCAACCAAAAUGAGACUUCUGGCAUGGAAGCCUUCCUGUUGGGAGCAUUUGUUUCAUCUUGGAGCCUUUGGAAGAGGGAUGGUUUCAGUUUUGGGCUCCCUGUAACCCAAAGGUGCUUUAUCUGCCUGUAUAUGGACUCAAACAUUGCAAUACUGUUUAUCACCAUGCAAUUAAUGUUUUCACAAAGAAACCUUAAUAAUUCUUAGCAUUUAUGUAGCUGUUGUUAUCUUUAAAGUGUUCAGUAAAUACUGUUGUGGUUUUUUUGUUGUAUUAAAACGGAAGCCCAUUUUC